AUGGUCUAUGUGCAGCAGGUAGAGAAAAAGAAGCUGAGAGCUAGAGAGGAGUUCAAGAACGAGAGGGCUGAGACAGGGAAUGAGUCUGGGCAGCAGAAGAGUAAUGUCAACCGUGUGGCGCAAGGGGGUAGUAAGCCUCGUGCCUGUGCCAAGUGUGGUAAGAACCACUCAGGUAUUUGUUGUGAGAGCUCCACUGGUUGUUUCAAGUGUGGUCAUACUAGGCAUUUCAUGAGAGAUUGUCCAAAGAACAAGCAGGGAAAUAGUAAUGGGGGCAAUAGAGACCAGUCUUCUUUAGUUGCUCCACCAGAUAGAACUGCACCUAGAAGGGCUACUUCUGGUACUGACGGAGGAACUAGCCACUUAUAUGCUAUCAACGGUCACCAAGAGCAAUAG